UUCCUGCAGCCCCUCACUUCAAACUACAGUUGAGCAGACAGCGAUGAAUCCAGCAGGUUACAAACCUGAGGCUGUUCCAUUGCAGGGGGGGUAUGAUGGGCGUCCUGGACAGCCUGGAGGACAGUCAGUGGUUCAGUACACCACUGUGAACGUCACCACUGAACCCCCCAAGGACCACAUCAUCUGGUCCCUCUGCAGCUUUGUCUACUCAAACUACUGCUGCCUUGGACUGGCGGCUCUCAUCUUCUCCAUCAAGGCCAGAGACCGGAAGGUGGUUGGAGAUCUGGAGGGUGCCCAACACUAUGGCUCCACUGCCCGCUGUCUCAACAUCUGGGCCACAGUCCUGGGUUGCAUCAUGGUCCUCAUUAUAAUCAUCCUCUUCAUUGUACAGGCAGUUGCAGCAUCCAGAAUUCACAGCAUGUACAAUUAUGGUUACUGAGGCUAAAUUCCAAAUAUUGUUCAAGUUUCCUGCUGCUGUGGCUUGUUGAUGCUUACGUUUCUUUGCUUAUUGAACACAUUUUUUUUUUACCUUUUUUAUACCUUUUUACAUGUAUUCUCAAACUAAAACGAUGCACAUUUUUAUUAGUGUUACAAAAGUCUUAAAGGGAACUCAUCCGUGUCUCCUUAAAUGAUUACAAUUUGUAAUAAGUUAUGCCUGAUGUUAUUACAUUCUGAUUUUCCUGUCUACAAGGCCUGUGUUUCAGCAACUCUUAUAA